AGAGAGAGAGAGAGAGAAAGAAAGAGAGAGAGAGAGAGACAGAAAGAAAGAAAGAAAGAGAGAGAGAGAGCUUAAAGUGUAUGUAAAUUUCCUUCUGGCCGUCAUUAAAGGCUGCACGUUUGUUGUAGCAAGUGCGCGGGAUUACACACACACAGACUGCCAUUAUCCAAAUUGGCUUCUUCACUCAAAAAAAAUCCUCUAUUUUUUUUCGAUGUUUUACCAUCCAGGGUAGAGGUUUCGCUUCGAAUUUACCGAACGCCAUACCUUAACAGCCGAUCAAAGAGACGACAGUUCUGCGAGUUAACAUCGGAAUGGAAAGAAAACAUCCAAUUGUAUAGAAACAUCCGGAUCGACUGCAAAUUUCAUUUCAAAAUAAAGAUAUAAAAGAUAAUGGACCUCUAAAGGAGAGAAUUGAUUUCUCAUCAUCAAUAUUAUCACUGCCAUAUUGAAAGUUGUGUUUAAUGGACAUUAAAGAUGGCUGCAGUGUUUGAAACGGGCGAUGAAUCUGCAGACACCUGCAAUCAGGUGACUUAUGAGGACAAGAUAUUUCACAAGGUUGAAAAUUUCUUAAAUUGUGCCGUAGACAAUCACAACCAUGUUAAAAAUAAUGAAUCUGAUUGGCUGAGCUUGGAAGGAACUAAACCAGACACACAAAGCGAACAAGCACAACACCAAAUCCAUGGUGAAAACUUUUUAAAUUCCAAGAAUAUUUCCAAAGCGAAGCCAGGUCCUGGAAAUAGGAUUUCAAAUGGUGUUGUUUGUAGUAUGAAAGAAUUUCCCCAAAAUUCUUGGGAUAAAACUUGUAAAUUCUCAAAAAAAACAAAUUCUCAAAUUGAACUUGAAGGGAAUUCCUCUACUGAAUCAGAAUCGCUGUCCAAACUCCAAGAAGAAAGCAUCGAAACUGAAGUGCCUUCGACAUGCAAAUCUUUCGACAUGUGGGAAAAUACCAUUUUAAAGACAGAUAAUUCCACCAAGAAUACUGAAAGUACAAAAGCAUUAAACGUUUCCGCGGAUGCUGGCAAGCAGGUUAAUUGUUUUAAUAAUACAUAUGGUUUCAAGGAUGAUUUGAAAAUGGACUGUGAAGAACCAGUAACAGAGACUAGUCAACUCAAAGAUGGUCAGUCAUCACCUAGAAUCAAUUCUACUUCAGAAGAUAAAUCGUUCACACCAAAUUUUACAGAUGACAAUGUCAAAACCUCAGAGUCUUCAUCAUUACUGAAUCACGAACAUAUAUAUUCCAAAACUGACAACAGAACUAAAUGUGCUGUAGACACAUCCUUACCAAAUGCACAUCGGUUAGCAGAGAAUGAAGAAAAUGUUUCCAAACUCGAACCGAAAAUGACAAAGAACUGUUUGGAAAAUAAUUUAUCGGGAGGAAUGACAAAAAGUGCUGAAAAGCAGCCAAAUCCGGACAGGUGUUCAAAUAUAUCUAACUUACGCAAACACUGUACACCUUGUCAAGUUAUAGUUCAGGAUUUCUUCAAAGAGCUGAAUAUUGAUCUUGUGGAAUUAUCCCGGAAUUUCCCAGUGAAACACAUCCAGAAAAGGCCUCCUGGAAGACCAAGUCUCCUGCGCCAAACAGAUAUUUCAGAGAAUCGAUUUUUCCAUGAUGGCAAUCAGGAAAUGACAGGUGAUGGUGCCAACAAGAAUAACAAUAGUGUGAAGACCAAGAGAAAACCAGGAAGAAAAUGUAAAAAGCUCUCGGAGAAGAGGAAGCGGACAUUCUCGCUGGAAUGGCCAGGUGUGAAAACUUCAGUGACUUUAUGGAUGAACAGGAUAAGUACAAAGAAAAACAUUUUAGUGUUGGUGGUGAUGAUGAUGAUGAUGAUGAAGAGGAAGAUAAUCUACCACUUAUGUCUGUUAAGAAUAAUCUUCACCAAACUCAAAUGUCUGCUUUAUUGAGAAACAGCUUAGAGAACUCUGCCGCUGGUGAAACAGAAAAAUAUGACAAUGUCACUAAGAAUAGAGAUGUUGAGAAAAAGACUGCCAACACCAUUCCUUCAUCUACAACUAUCAACGGUGUUGAGACACAGCAAUCAGGAUCGCCCAAAGGAUUGUCGACCAAACAAGUAAUUCCUGCAAUCAUCGAAGCUGCUCCAAGUCUUGGCAAUGUCACCAUUUCUCCAUAUAUUUCUGAAUCAACAAAUAACAUUUCUUCUGCUAUCAACGCCAGUGUCACCACCAAUCCUUCUGCGACCACCGCCGCUACUGACGAUGACGAAGCUACUAUAUUCACCACCGUCUCUCUCGCCACCAACACUGAAUGUAACUCUACAAACGCCAUCACCAACCCCACCAAUUCUGCUGUUUCCUCCUCCUCCGCCUCUCCGUUCUCUUCAUUUCCUGGUGACCCCGUCACGCUUACUCCGACAAUUGGAAACGGAGGCAGCGUACAAUUGGGAGAGGAAACACAGAAGCAAAGCAAGGAUGGCGCACACCCAAAACCAAAUGACAAAGGCGGUAAGUUCUUGAACGCCAACACCACAACAGUUACCACUUUUGCCAACAACAACAGACCUCAUUGUGAAAACCUCAGUGUGAAGACAUCUGGUCAACGUUGUGUUACUUCGACAAAGCCCAAGUGUAAAUACCAUGGAUUGAACUCGGCACCUUGUCGUAAGUUGUACAAGUGUAAGAAGUGUGGAUUGGAAGCAAAGUGCUUGAGCGACAUCCAGGCACACAUGGGUGGCACCCACUCAGAGUUUUGUAUGUACAGGUGUCCAUAUUGUGUUCCUCGGAAUCGUGUGAAGACAAUAAAUUCUAUAGAAUUCGAAGUGCUUCGAAGUAGCAACACCAAUGUGUCGUCGCAGUCUUCAGUGAAGAAAAAGACCCCUUAUUACACCAGCAACAACAAUAGCACCACCACCACCACCACCACCACCUCCUCCACCACAACCACCACCACCACCAACAAUGGCAAGAAGAAGAAAGUGAACCAUCAAAUACAGUUACAGAGAGAGAAGAAACGGAAGCUGAACUACUAUUAUCGGAACCAGCAUGAAAUCAAAAAAUACAAAAACACCAAGAUCACAUGCGAAUAUUGCCGGAAGUUGGUGAAUCAGUCGAACAUUUCGCGACAUUUGAACAGUAAAAGCUGCAAAGGGUUAAAAAAGAACACAGAAAAACAAAACGUAAACGACAGGGAAAGAAUAGUGAUUAAGAAAUACCAGAAAGUAAAAUGUAACACUUGUCAGAAACAGAUAUCGCGGACAAACCUCUCAAAACAUUGCAGGAUUUGUCCAAAAGAAAACCUGCACAACUAAACUCGUGAGGACCCAGCGAUUGAUUUCAUUCGCAGAAAAAAAUGGGGGUUUUUUUUUUUUUUUUUGGGAUUUCUUUUUUUCUUUUAACCUUUAAACCUUUUAAAGGUUUUUUUUUUUUUUUUAACAACGAAACACUGGACGAAGAGAAGAAAAACAAAGACGCCCCACACGUGUUUCUUCUUUCCUCGGUCUCGCCCCCUCCCUUCAACCAUAUCGUUGUUGCUGUUGUUGUAAGCAUUUUUAUUUUUAUCUUUUAGCUUUUUUGUUUGUUAUGUAAGGUUUGUUUGUUUGUUUGUUGCAUUCCAACACCUCCCCCCCUCCGCCAACAAUACUUGGUUUUUUUUUUUGCAAUUUGACUCUUACAACAAUGGAAAGGAAAACUGCAAAUGGCUUAAAACGUGUGUGCGCAUGUGUGUGUAUAUGUAUGCAUGCAUGUGUGUGUAUAUAUACAUAUAUAUAUAUAUAUACACACAUACAUAUAUAUAUAUAU